AUGGCUGCGCAGGAUGAGUUUGCAGGUGAGUACCAAGCUUUGGCCGAUCCAGAGAGUGCCACGGCGCCGGGAGAAGCAAAGCACUUCAAGCAGAUUCUGAAGCAUGCGGCCACUGCUGCUGGAGAUUCGCAGACCACGGGAAACAAGGAGGAUCUUCUUCGCUUGAGGCGGGUGCUCGCCGCGAAGAAAGAACGUGAACGACGCCGCCAGGAACGAGGCGGCCAAGGCCACAGCUUCUGGUACUCGCUCGUGAGUUCCCAUAGCCAUCGUACAGAGGUGGUGGCUUUCCGGCAUAUCAUUGCCACCGUCAUUGUGGUGAAUGUGAUUUGUUUCAUUAUCCAGACAGACAAGGAGACGGACAGAAAGUACAAAGCUCUUUUCAACAGCAUCGAGGCAGCAUCUUCAUGGCUAUUCUUGGGCGAGUAUCUCAUCCGCCUGAUGACAAUUCACGAAAACAAGAGAUAUCACCAUUUGUCCGCAGGCUCAGCACGACUGGUAUUCUUGAGGAGCUUUAGUUCUAUUGUUGACUUAGUUUCGUUUCUGCCUUGGUUUGUCGAGCAAGUUGUGCCGUACGAGCUGCCGAACCUUCAGUGUAUACGAGUCAUUCGUCUCUUUCGGCUGUUUAAAUCGAACUCCGUGAUGAGCUCAGUGGAUGUCAUUGCUCGGGUGUUGUAUUUCAACAGUGAGAUCUUGUGCGUUGCCUUCAUGAUCGAUGCGAUCCUAAUUCUGUUCACGAGCACGGUCCUGUAUUACAUGGCGCCGCCGCCGGACACCCCGGGAGUGGAAGAUGAUUUCGAAUCCAUUCCGGCAACGAUGUAUUUGUCCGUGAUGAUGCUCACAGGGCAGGGUCAGCCGAGUGGUCAGCUUCCCUGGUACACCAAGGCAAUUGUGGUUGCCACAGCUGUGCUUGCCACAGCACAGUUCGCUAUCCCCGCGUCAAUGCUCACCUGGGGCUUUGAGCAAGAGGCCGAGAGGCGCUUGCAGAGGAACCAUGAGCUUCAGCUGAAGCAACGAGACAAGAUCUUGCAAGGUGAUUCGGCUUGGAAUAACACGGUCGAAAUCAGCAGCUCCAGCACCAGUGAAAGUGAGGUCGGGCAUGAAUGGGCGGAAUACGAGGCAGUUGUUGUUGGCAGCGACAGUGAGGAGGAGGGAGGUGAAAUCUCGGGCAGCAGCUCUGCACUAAGUGCAUCCGAAGCUGCAAGAAUAGCCAAGAUCUUCUCCACCUUGGAUGCCGACGAAAAUGGAACGUUGGUCACCGCCGAGUUGUGUCAACUGUCUGGAGGCCGUGUAGAUGGACAAAACUUAGCAGACGUACUAGACGCUGAUGGAGAUGGCAAGACAACCUCCACUGAGUUUCUGGAGUGGCUGGCAAACAUCAAGAGCAAGAAUGUCCAUGUGUUUAAUCUCGUCCUAUCAGACCUGGAAAAGUUGCGGCCACUCAAUCGGCGCGAAGUCCUUCCGAGCUCUCUGGACGCGCUUGCCGGCCAGGUCACUGAUUUUGCACAGCAUUUUCGUGACUUGACCACACAGGUGAAGCAACUACAGGAACAGCUUGCAGCUAAAGAUCGUGAGCUGGAACAGUUGAGGUCAGUGUUUGUCGUCCGCAUGGCCGGCAAGCUCCUUUGGGCCUUGCACGUCUCCGCUAGGUGCUUCUACUUGUUGGCACGGCUUCUGCUCUUCAUCGUCUUAUUGUUGCCAGUGUUCAUCAGGGCGACAGCUUACUGUUGGCUACACCCCAGCGUCGCCAAUUUCGUUCGCUACGGACCUAAGCGACGUCACUUGAUGGACAUCUACAUGCUCAGGCCGGAAUUUCGGGAUGCAGGGCCACGACCGGUGGUCGUGUUUUUCACCGGCGGUGUGUGGAUUAUUGGCUACAAGAUGUGGGGAAUGCUCAUGGGCAUGGUCCUUCAACGUCUUGGCAUUCUCCUGAUAGUUCCGGACUACAGGAACUUUCCGCAAGCCACUGGAGAAGAAAUGGUGGAGGACAGCAUUCUGGCGGUGCAGUGGUCGCUCGACCACUGCGAGGACUACGGCGGUGAUCCAUCAAGGAUUUUCCUCGUGGGCCAAUCCGCCGGUGCUCACUUGCUCGCAAUGGCGUUGAUCCGGAGAGCAACUGGUAGUGAGGUCAAGGCCAAGGCGCUGCCUGGAAUCCAUUGGAAGCCCAAGGACAUUUCGGCCUUCGUGGGAAUCUCCGGUCCCUUCGACCUCGUAGAUUUGAGCGAUCACUUCCACAGUCGCGGAUUGGAUCGACGCCUCCUCUCCUCAAUCUUCGAGGGUCGGCUGGAGGACUUCUCCCCAACUCGCCAAGCGACUCGAGACUUGGAGCUGCCUCCGGUGCUGCUGGUCCACGGCACGGCGGACACCAGCGUGCCUUCUCGAAGUGCCGUGCACUUCGCUGCGGCGCUGCAGGCAGCUGGCGUGGAGGCUGCCUUGAAGCUCUACCCAGGAAAGAGCCACACGGACCCCAUCCUCGAGGACCCCAUUGCUGGCAACGAUCCGCUCAUUGAGGAGCUGGCUUUCUUGGUGAGAAGCAACGAUCCCAGGCGAGCCAUGGAGCUCAUCUGUGAAAGAGUUGAGGGCGGCCAGGAGGUAGUGCAUGACAACGACUUUCCCACAGGGACUCGAAUGAUGCCCAUGUUUGUGAUUCAGUUGGCUCGCAUGGUAAACCCCUUUUGA